UGUCUUCCAAGUUUAAAUAUUUACAAUGAGCCUGGAGCAGACAUUAAAAACCAGAUAUGAAGCACUUUUUUCUUUUUUUUUUCCCUCAAGAAUAAUCGAACAAGUCAAAACAGAUUGGAAAACAUAAAUUCACCGACUUCUGAACAACUGGUUUGAUGACUGUGGUCAACUUACGCGUCGGUUUAACGUCAUGGAGCUUCAAAUGCCGAUGACGUCACCGGUGCGACUAGAGUUCAAUGUUACAUUUGGUACCUUUAUAGGGGUGCAUUUCACCCCAGUUGGUCCUGAUGCAGUUCAAUCUUUAGUCGAGUUUGGUAUGUACCAUGGCCAUGCUUUCAUUGCUUCAAGGGAAACACCGUCUCAUAAACGGGUUCGUCAGCCUUACACUUCUGAUGAAGACUACGUCGGAGUACCAAUCAUCGUGACAUACGAUAACGGUCGCUUCGAGGUGGCAAUCCAAGGGGUGCCAGACUCUACCUAUGCCUACGACGCCCAAUCCCCACCUCAGCCCAGCUGGUUUAUUUGGUUUUUUAACUCUGAUGAGGCUGAAUUAAAUUUCACUGACCCAUCAUGUAUAAAUGAUUUCAAUCCUAAGUACACGAAAUACCUACGUAUUCAACCCUAAGUACACGAAAAAAGCCCAAAAUGAAGGGGAAAUUGUGCAAACUUUAGAGACCUGGGUGCGUUCGAUUAGCUUCCCUGGGUCGACCCCGAGGUGCUCACUCGGGUGAGCCCCCAACAAGAGCUAAUCGAACGAUAAAUUAACCCCACGUGGUGACGCCAGUGUGAGGCUGACCCGGUGGCUAAUUGUUUUUUUUUCCCAAACGACAUUGCAUUGAUUUGGUAAAAGAGCAGGCCAAUUUCAUUAUGAAGUAAUUUU